AUGAAUACUCUAACAGUUCUUCUUUUCUGUGCCACGCUGGCUCUCUUGGUAUUUGAAGCUGUUGCGUUCGAAUCUGUUGCUGAACGAACAAACGCAAGAGCAAACAUUCGUGCCAAGCAGAAAGUGCGAGAAUGCCGUUGCACUUUUCGAAACGCUCCACAAGAACUCAUGAAUAUCUGUCCAGACCGGGUAUAUGCCUCCAAUGACCAGAACGAUGUUGGUGCUUGUCAAAAGGAUGCAAAAAAUACCGCCCCAGUAGCUUGUCGUCAAUAUUAUGGACAUUGUGGUUGGCUUCAAUAA